CAUCGACUAGAUUUGAUUUCGUAUUCUCUACGUGGAGAUGCACUUCAGUGGUUUAAAAACAAUAAAUCUGCAUUAACUACUUGGAGUAUUUUUGUUCAAGAAAUUAAAAAAGCAUUUACAUCUUCAUUUUCUGAAGAAUUAGCCUUUAAAACUCUCGAAUCUUAUACACAAGGUGAAAAUCAGUCAAUUCGUAACUUUUAUAACGAAGUUUUGAAACUAUGUAAUGCGGCUGAUUCUGGUAUGAGUGAGUCGACAAAGCUCAAAAAUUUAUUGAACAAAGUAAAACCUAGUAUACAACUUGAAGUACGUAAGAAAAAGUCAAAAUCGACUGCAGAAUUUCUCGAAUUCGCAAAGGAAGUUGAAGAACUACUACAAUUUUCUAAUCUUCAAAUCGAUACAAGUACUCAUCGUAAUUUGAACCCGGUUAAUAGUAACAUACAUACGAGUUCUUCGAGUUUUUUUCCAUCGACUCGUUAUAACAAUUCUGAUUAUUACUAUACUCCAUCUCUACGAAGAAAUUUCGGAAAUAAUGCUGUUUCAGCAUCAUUUACCUAUCAUCCUUCUCGUUCAUCUAAAUCAGAUAAAACACAAAGUUAUAAUUCGUAUCAGUACUCGCAUGUCAAUCAGUUUAAUCCAUCAGCUAAUAAUAAAAGUAGUAAUAAUAAUAAUCGGAAACAAAACCGUACACAACAGUUUCAAAAUAGUUCUAAACAUAAUGUUAAAUCGAAUUCACGUACAGUCAAUGCAGUAUUUCCAUCUAAUUCAUCAACUCAGAACGAUAAUGUCAAUAGUUCCGAUUCGCAUAAAAACGAAACUCUUGAUUUUCGAAAUUAUCAUUCUAAAAUUUUAAUAUCUAAUACUACGAUGAAUCCAAAAAUUAUUAGAAAAGGUGCACGUUUAGGAUAUUUACUUUGUUGUUCAAUGUUUCAAGAUCCUCGCAUCUUUCGCUCGUCCUUAUAUAAAUCACUUGGAGCUACCAGACGUGCUGGUAUGACUCCAGCAUCCAGUGAUUUUCUUACAGAUAAGUGUUCUAAUAAUGAUUCAGUUUCUUCAUGUCAAGCGAUUACUCAGCUACAUAGUUAUUCACAAAAACUAAUUUCUAACCCAACCUCCUCAAUUGAUGAUAUUGUAGUAAAAAAUAUAAAUUCACUCGUUGUUAAAAUUCAAGAUGAUCAACAGAAAAAAAAAAUGUUGUCAUUACUCAUGCAUUUUCAUAGUAUUUUCGAUACAACAAAGCAUAAUAUUGCUCGAACUCCUAUACCUCACGUUAUUAAUACUGUUCCUCAUUCGCCUCCUGCUAGUAGACCGUACCCUCAACCUGAUAAAGAAGAGGCAAUGUACCAACUAAUUCAAGAUUUUUUGGAGGCAGGUCUUAUUACGGAGUCGAAUUCUCCUUAUGCUGCACCGGCGAUACUUGUCAAGAAAAAAGAUCAAUCUUUUCGAUUAGUCGUCGAUUAUAAACGUCUUAAUGGCAUAACUAUAAAAGAUACUUCACCUCUUCCAAAUAUGGAAGACACCAUUCAGAAGUUAGGGAAAGGAUUUAAUUAUUUUUCUAAGCUUGAUCUCAAAUCUGGUUUUUACCAAAUACCGAUUAAUGAUAGUGAUAAAGACAAGACAGCUUUCGUGACUCCAUUCGGUCUUUAUCAGUUCAAUGUCUUACCGAUGGGACUGCGAAAUUCUCCUCCAACUUUCCAAAAAGUUAUGGCGGAUACCUUGAAAUCGUGUCGUCAGUUUUGUUUGGUUUAUUUAGACGACAUUAUAGUAUUUUCAAAAGCUUUUUCUAAUCACUUAGAUCAUCUUCGACACGUAUUUUUCGCUUUACAAGCGAAAAAUUUCGUUUUGAAUCCUCCGAAGUGCGAGAUCGCCGUUCAACAAAUUGAUUAUCUUGGUCAUACUAUCAAUAGGAAUUGUAUUAAACCAAUGAAAGAUAAGAUAGACGCUAUUCUACGAAUAGAGGAACCGCGUACCUUAUCUCAGGCGAAUCGUUUCAUUGGCGCUUUAGGAUGGUAUCGAAAAUUCUUACCGAAUUUCGCUACUAUGGCAGCACCAAUACAUGCAGUUACUAAUCUAACCAAACCUAAUCAUCGAAAAUUUCAAUGGCAACAGGCUCAGUCUGAGGCUUUCAAACAACUUAAAUUGUUACUCACUACUGAACCUUUAUUUCUUCAUUAUCCUGUAGACCAUCUACCUCUAAUUUUAACCACAGAUGCUAGUAACAUUGCAAUAGGUGGCGUUUUACAGCAAGAGACAGAUGGUAAUAUCCAUAAUUUGUAUUAUCACUCUCAACUUAUGACACCCUGCGAGAGAAAGUAUAGCACAAUAGAGAAAGAAGCUCUAGUCAUUUAUAAAUGUAUUGAGCGUAUGCGAUCCUUCAUAUUAGGACGUAGUCUCAUAAUUAUGACCGAUCAUUGUCCAUUAUGUUAUAUAAUGCAAAAGACAAUUAAAAAUGCUAGAGUGAAUCGAUUAAUACAUUUGAUUCAGGAAUAUAAUAUUGAUAAAGUUGUUCAUAUUCGAGGUCGUUAUAACUGUCUACCUGACUACCUUUCUCGGUAUCCUAAAGAACAAGAUGAUGAGUUGAAUGACGUUGAAUAUGGAUUAGGGGUGGGACUUUACCUUUACUUUACUAGUAAAUAGUAAAUAAAAUAUUUACUAUUUACUAUAGUAAAGUAAAUAAAAUAUUUACUAUCUAGUAAAGUAAAGUAAAUAAAAUAUUUACUAUUUAGUAAAGUAAAGUAAAUAAAAUAUUUACUAUUUACUAAAGUAAAGU